CUCUCCGCUCUCCGGUCUUCACGGAAGCAACGGCGGGGCAGGUCCCACUGCAAGUUUCCUCGGCUCGCGAAAUCCCAGAUCAGCCAACUGCCUCCCCGCGCGCGCGCCGUGUGCUCACCGCCCGCGGCCACGGCACCGCCGCCCCUCGCCCCGGCCGCCAAGAGGAAAGGCCAGGCCGACGCCUCCUCCUCCUCGCCGCCGCCGUCACCGAGGUCGCGCCGCACGUUCGCCGUCGCGAUGGUCGCGUCGCUUCUCGCGCUCGCCGUGGCGCUCCUGCUCGGCGCCGGCUCCGGCGGCGUCGACAGGGGGGCCGCAGCCCCCGUGGAGGUGGAGGGCGCCGAGGUGACGUACGGGAGCGUGGUGAAGCUGAUGCACGAGAAGACGAAGCACCGGCUGCACUCGCACGACGUGCCAUACGGCUCCGGCAGCGGCCAGCAGUCCGUCACCGGGUUCCCUGAAGGCGACGACGCCAAUAGCUACUGGAUAAUAAGGCCUACUCCUGAUUCAUCAGUGAAACAAGGUGAUGCCAUCGAAACUGGUAGCAUCAUCAAGUUGCAACACAUGAGGACUCGGAGGUGGUUGCACAGUCACUUGCACGCUUCACCAUUGUCCGGCAAUCUAGAGGUUAGCUGUUUUGGUGGGGAUGAACUAUCAGAUACUGGUGACUAUUGGAGGCUAGAAAUCGAAGGAAGUGGAAAAUUAUGGAAAAGGGAUAAAAAAGUAAGGCUCAGACACAUUGAUACUGGAGGUUAUCUUCACAGUCACAACAAGAAGUACAAUCGUCUUGGUGGUGGGCAGCAAGAGGUCUGUGGUGUCCGAGAGAAGCGAGCUGAGAAUAUUUGGUUGGCAGCAGAGGGUGUUUAUCUCCCAGUCAAUGGCAGCAAGUGAAACAACGUUUUCAAGUGUUUUUCAGCAUCAGAAAUUUUCGCAUUUUUGGUUUUUCUUGUUUUUAAUUUAAACAUGGGACCUGACCCCUUGAGUGAGAUAUUGAAUAUAGAUGGUGUACACAAGCUGAGGACAGUCCAUGUCCCUAACUGAUAUUAUGUGAUAUUCAGGAUGAUCAGGUAUGCAGUAUUGACUCAGAGAUGUAAGUGGCACUGUUGACAAUUUGACGUGCUGUUUAUCUUCCA